AUGGAAAUUCGAACGCUCUUGCGGCCGCUUGUUUGGGUAGCAAAGCACGAGCUUGCAUUUGCUAGAACAGCAAGCACAUCUAACGCAAAUACUCAACGACAUUUAUCAGCCAGUCAACAUUCUUACGCAUCCAUACCCGAUUUCCUCCUACCAUCUUCUGUCACGAAAAAGCAUCAUGCUUCCACCAUAUCACAUCGUCGCAGACCUCUCCUUCAAUCCGCCCCAGCGAGCCCGGGCCAUCCAUUACAGCGGCGCAUGUUCUCCGCUUCGACCGCUGCCAAAGCAGCAGUAGUCACUGCAAAUCCUCGAAAAGAUGAAUACGGUAAUGAAAUGCUCAUAGAUAUCACGGCACGUGCUGCAAACCGUCUUAAAGAAAUCAUGUCCAAGGACUCCAAUCCUAAUCUUGCUUUACGAGUCACAGUCGAGUCCGGCGGGUGCCACGGCUUUCAAUAUCUUAUGUCUCUUACCAACACAUCUGCAAUAUCUCCCGAAGAUGAUACAAUAUUCGAGUCGAGCGAUUUUUCGGGGGCAAAGGUGGUUAUGGACGAGCCAAGUCUGGAGCUGCUGAAGGGGAGUCAGGUUGACUUCACUAUGGAGCUGAUUGGAAGCCAAUUCAAGAUAGUGGGCAAUCCAGCCGCUACAAGCAGCUGUGGCUGUGGAACAAGUUUCGAUAUAAAGCCUUGA